AUGUCUGAUUCUGACUUCCCCUUCAAGGCUGAAUACGCCAAAAGUGACCGUUCUUCUUGUAAAAAAUGCCGCGGUGGUAUUAAAAAGGGUUCCGUGAGGCUGGCGAAGAUGAUGCAGUCACCAUUUUUUGAUGGCAAAGUACCUACAUGGUACCACUAUUCCUGCUUCUGGAAAAUGGCGGAAGUCAAAGCUACAUCUGAAAUAGUUGGCUAUGAUGGGCUGAGAUGGACUGACCAGGAGAAGAUUAGAAACAAGAUUGCCGGAGAUGAAACUAAGGAAUCUGUGGAGGACAAGGUAGUCUCAAAAGAAACUACAACAAGUGAUUUCAGUAUGGAGUAUGCCAAAUCAAACAGAAGUACUUGUAGAGCUUGUAAAGAGAAAAUAGCAAAGGAUGAACUUCGGAUUGCAAUUUCAGAAACAGAUCCCCAUGACAAAAUCAUUGAAAAUUGGCACCACUUGGAUUGUUUCUGUGACCCCAUGAAACUUGUUGAGUUUGGAUGGAAAAAAGAAUACGAUGUGAAGAAGAUUCAAGGUUUCAGUUGUCUUAAGAAAGAAGAUAAAGAUAUUGUCCUCAAGAAACUUGUGUUGAAAGACGUAAAACGAAAAGCUGCAGCCCAGGCAGGAACUGCUGCUAAAAAAGCUAAAACUGAAAGCAAAGAGGAGAAAGCUUUGAAGGAACAAAGUCAGGCACUUUGGAAGAUCAGGGACAGUCUUAAUAGAUCUGUUUCAAACAAAGCUCUUCGUGAAUUACUAGAGGAUAAUAAUCAGGUGCCACCAAAAGGUGAAAGUGAGUUACUCAAUGCAGUAACAGAUGGGAUGGUAUUUGGAGCAAUGGAACGUUGUCCUGACUGUAAUAAUGGACAGUUAACUGUACGUAAUGAUGCGUAUCAUUGCACUGGUCAUUUAACUAGCUGGACAAAAUGUACCUACACUACAAAAACACCGAAACGAAAACCAUGGAAAAUAUCAGAUUCUAUGAAAGAAAUUAACUUCUUAAAAAAAUUCAAAUUUUCUGCAUACAACAAAGGGAAUCGUGUAUUUUCUGAGGGUGUAAUUCCAUCUACUUCUACUUCAGACUCUGCAAGUUCACCUGAGAAUCCUGAUAAGCCUCUACAAGAUCUGAAGAUUGCUUUAAUUGGUAAACUAAGUAAAACAAAUAAAGAAAUGUCCAAGUGUAUUGAGAGUUUUGGAGGCUCAGUCGUAACAGCUAUUGACUCCAAAGUUGCCUGCUGUAUAAGUACCGCAGCUGAAGUAAAGAAGAUGAAUAAGAAAAUGAAAGAUGCAAAGUCAGCUGAUGUGCACGUAGUGGCAGAGGAUUUCUUAGAUGAUGUUAAAAAGGGAGGAGUAGCACUGAUGAUUAUGAAACACAGCAUAGCUAGUUGGGGAUCAGAUCCUCAUGGUCGUAUUGGUGGUGUUACACAAGUUGAUAAAGGCCCUUCUCAGGAAGAAUUGUUGGAACAGAAGUAUAAGAUUGGUGAUGACAAAUUGAAAAUGAUGGUAAAAGGAGGGUCAGCAGUUGACCCAAAUAGUGGGCUUCAGGAUUGUUCCCAUAUCUACAGUGAAGGGGAUACAAAGUACCAAGCCACUCUAGGAUUGGUAGAUAUUGUUCGAGGGACCAAUUCCUUCUAUAAAUUACAGAUGCUAGAAGAUGAUAGAAAAGACAAAACUGCUAA